UCCAAGCGGAUAACCACAAGAACAAUGUCAUCAGACGCCAUGAACAUCAAGACGAUGAGACACUUCCUGUCUUCCGCCUGCAUCGCCCGGACGGAAUAAACGAGGAUCGAGUCAUCGACCUAGCCCGCAGCCUGUACGGCAUCUCAAACUACACCAUCAAGUAUAUUGAUUCACGCAUCAUCUUGCGCUCCGGUUCACAUGUCGUCGAGGUCGACACGAUCAGUGGAGGAAUCUGGACCGCUGACGAGGCAAGCCUAUGGAACACUUCAAUUCGACCGGAACUUGUGAGCGAUGAACAAGCCUUUGAAAUUAUCAAUAAUCUUAUCCAUAACCAUACGCUGCUGCCAAAGUUCGACGAGGACGAACCGUUCCAGUUGGUAUCUGGGAAAAUUAGCGGAAGUCUUCUUGGUCAACAAUCAACUGUAAAUGGUAGUCGCAUAACACACAAGCUCGAUACGAGAACAAGCUAUAGAAUAACAGUCAAUCUCCCCAAUAAACCUCAUAUUCCGAUUAUUGGCGGUGGAGCAAAAUUCCAAUUCGUCCUUGGAGAAGCAGGUCGCCUUAUCGGAUUUAACGGUGUAUGGCGCCAACCUGAAAAAAAAAAUUUAGAGGUCAAAAUUAUCCCAAAGAAGGAGACUGACAAAAUUUUCCUCGAUAAGUUCAAGAAUCAAAAGCUGGUCAACUUCACCUCCUCACUCGCAUACUUUUCGGCACCGUCGUCAAAAACGCAGCAACAUCUCUACCCUGUGUAUGUUUACGACGGCACCUUGAUGGUCAGCGGUAAACAUGUUCCAUUGCGCCAGGUGAUCUUGCCAGCCACACAUUUCUUUCCGUUUCCCAAGAAACAAACCCCUCAGCAAUCUCGCUCGCAUAAUGAAACUGAGAAUGAGAAACGCAUAAACCGUCGUAAUAAACUCACAUGUGGUACCGAGUGGAUUGGCGAAUCUGGUGGACUAGGCGGUAGUCACGACAAUGCCCUGGGCUUCGUGAAUGGUCUCUAUGAUGAUGGCUGGGAUAUCUCUUUCAACUGGGGCGACUUUAACGCCUUUAAAUCGGACUGGACAACCGACAAUGAUGACUGGAUAGAUAACGUUGACUUUGUAUUCUAUACCGGUCAUGCCAAUAAGGACGGCUGGGAGCUCGAUGGUGGGAAUAGCUUUCUUACUUUUAACGAAAUUGGUUUGCUCGAUCGAGAUCUUGAAUGGCUGGUCAUCGCUGCUUGCGGCCCGCUUCAAGACGACAUAAUUAGUCCCGGUGGAGGUGAUGUCUUUCGCUGGGAACCUGCCUUCAGAGGUGGACUUCAUCUAUUGCUUGGUUACGCAUCCGUCACCUAUGACAACACUGACGAAGGCAGAUUGCUCACUAAAUAUGCCCGUGAAGGCCAAACAAUCAUCAAUGCCUGGUUCCGUGCAGCGCAGGAGAUACAGCCAUCCCAAAACACCUUUGGUCCACCAGAUGGCCCGGAUAUUUGGGUUGGCGCAGUAUGGAUGUCGAGCCCCAGCAGCGAUCCCAGUCAAGACCAUAUCUGGGAUAGUGGUUCUGUCUCAGCUGACCCUAUUAACUUUAAUUUGAUGAACGCUCUUUGGACACAUUGCUAA